ACAGUGCGGUGCCUGAAGGGAUAACCCGAGAGAUUUACCAUGGUAAGGUCCUCGAGCUUAACAAGUCCGUCACGGUACUUUUGCCGUGGAAACGUACUGUGGCUAACGAUUGAUACGGAACGGCUGGGUCCGGUAGGAGUAUUCUCGGCCACCUCCUGAGUUGGAAUAUGUGACCCGAGUUGUUGCUAUUCAUCACCAAAAGCAUCAUCACUUGCCAGUAUCAGUAUCAUGCUGGUAUGAUAAAUAAUUUUCUCACCUUUUCCUCGUUCUUGCGGUGUUCCUCUCGCACAGUUCUGGGGCGAGACGCUCGGUCAUUCUUUUUUUUUUUUCCCGAAGGCACCUUAUUUACCACCAUAUCACAUGUAAAACACGAAGCGAUCCCCAAGAUACGGUAAUCCUUGUUAAAGAUUUUUUUUUUUUUCUAUCUUACACAGGCAACCGGUAUUACCGUACUGUACGUACACUACAAGCCUUCCCAGCGUUGAGAGCAAUAACAGUAAUUCCGGUAAACCCAUACUAGGUAUCGCGGUGCAAGCACCCGGGGCCAGGAGCCGUUUUGAUUUUCUCGUCGAGGAGGAACGAUACCGGCACGAUAUUAUAUAAUGCCGUGGGGCGAACUCCCGUCUGGGCCCCGGGACCAACUUUGCUGCUUGUAGAAGCUGGAGUUCCGCUAUCAUACUUGUCCCACUCAAGAAGUAGCCGGAAAUAGGGGGGGGCAUACCGGUAUUCUGUAACAGCCGUCAGAUACGGUACUCGUGCAAGCACUCUGCGAGUGGGCAGCAAUUUUUUUAUUUUUCUUGCGAAUCGCGUGUAUUUCUUUAAUCCCUGUUUUCGGAUACUCGAAUACCUCUUGCCCAGGACAGGUUCAGCGCGCACACUCGUACUCGACGACCGGCAGGUGCAAGGUGAAUCCUGGCGGUGGGCUGUACGAGUGCAAGGUUCUCCACACUACCGCAUCGCUGUUCAGCCCGCUACGCUGGUUUGCAUGGGCCUUCUCGAGUCUUGCGCGCCCGCAAAGUGGGGGAAGAGGAGAAAGCCUAAAUAAAUAACAAUCCUUAUUAAGGGUGCCGACAGACCGAAGAUCGGUUAGAUUGUCAAGGUUCAAUCCCUAUUUUCUUAAAGUCUCAUUUUUUCUCCCGUCCUUUGUUGGGCUAACAUUCCACGGUACCGUAGCUGUCAGAGCCUUGGUCCCCUUCCAAAAAACGAAAACCGCCGAGCUGCCCCCACGAAAAGUUGAUCGGUCCCCUCGUAGCGGCUGUGUUGGACGAUUAGACGGGAUGGGAGGAUAUGUCUGCGAAAUAUGCCAGGAUACGUUCACGCGUCAGGAGCACUUGGAGCGGCACACAAUGUCACGUAUGUUUCUCCUUGGAUCGACGGGCGUCGCUUGAUUGACCUCAUCGUCUAGAUCUUAAUAAACGGCCCUUCAAGUGCCAAACCUGCAUGAAAUCAUUCUCCCGUCGAGAUCUCCUGACUCGGCAUGAGAGAAACCACCUGGACCCAUCUCGGCCCGAUACCUUGGCCUCACGGCGUCCGAUCCCCCCCCGAUCCCUUGCGGCCUGCAAGAAUUGUGCCGCGUCAAAACAAAAGUGUUCCGGGAAACAGACGUGUGAUCGGUGUUUGCGAAAGGGAAUUGAGUGCAAAUUUUCGGUUGGGAAUACGAGCAGGGGGUCCAGGGUUCAUAAAAGCUACAAUCAGGGUAUUAAGAGGGGCGUUGGAGCUGAUGAAGAAAUGACUGAGGGUGAGGGGGGCUUGGAGCCUCAAAAUCCUCUGCAGCCAGAUGCCUCUCUGAGCCCACCACAGAUGGCGGAUACUAGUGCGGAACCCAGCACCUUUUUCCCUACCUCGAACGUAGACCCAGCUCUAGGGGGGACAGGCAAUAUGUUUACACCUGAUGAAUCCCCCCCUGUGCACAACUUCUACCAUGGGAUGAGCGCAGCAGACUUGGACGUUUUCCUGCUCAACAUAUUUGACCGGGAGAGUCACCCACUCCAAAUGGAUUCGUUUGGGGAUAGUAACUUCUCUCCUAUGGUGUUCAAUGCGGCCUCCCAUUUUGAGACGAGCGCGCACUGCCCAGAUUCGGUACAGCCAGGCCUUGACCUGAAUUCCGAGCAAAUGGAGCCAAAAGAAUCCCAACAAGCCCCACCAAAACAAGUUCUAGGUGAGAGUUUUCUCGGUGAAGGCAAAAUCCCGGAGCACCCUCGCCCCCCGGCGCCUCCGGUGCAUGAUACGUGCCAGCCAUCAAGUACGGAAGAAACCUUGGAUGCCCAUUCGGCGGCAUUCGAGGCAUCUUCAAUUGUCUGGCGUAACCCCACAUCCAGCGAUACCAAUGCCGAUAUGAUCUACGUACGGGCACAGCCAAAUUCCCAGCUCCCCAGAACACACAUACGGCUUCCUAUUCGGAGCCGACGUUCGGCGGGGGAUGCGAUGCUUGAAUUGCCCUCAUUAGCAAUCACCAGUGAAACUCGGGAUAAAAUUGUGAUUAUGUUCACUAAAGCUCACUCACGUGAGCAAUGGGGGGACCAAGACCUAGCAUCAUUACCUGACAAAGAGUUCCUGGAAGACGCACUUGAAUGCUACUUCAAGUAUUUCCACCCUCAGUAUCCGUUGCUGCACCGGGGGACCUUCAACCCCAAUACAGCGCUUAUCCUACUUACCGCGGUUAUGGUGGCAGUAGGAGCGAUCUGGAGUAGCGGGUUGACUGGGGAUGAAGAGAAACGGAGGGUGUCGGCAGAGGAAGCCCGGUCCGUCAAAGCGAUUGGCUACGCGAUUUUAGAAUGUGUUAGACGCUCAUUAGGGCAGUGGGUGAGGGGAGCCGUUCUUAUUGGCUGAAUUAAAAUUUGCUGAUAUAUAUAUAUAACCAUUAGUAUGAAUCCGACAAUAGUAGGAUCCGGGACUAUGAGGGGCAUCAAGCUUCCCUUAUAACUUACAUAGGCCAGAGUUGGGCCGGGGCAAAGCGAAAGAUGGAGUUGGCUGAGGCCUUUGCGGGGACUUUAAUGGCUAUGAUCAGGCGAGCCGAAGCGUUUCGAUUUUGCGCUUACCGAUCCUUGGAGGAUAUCCUGAACGAGCGGACGGGUUCGGUAACAAGUACCUGGACGAAAUGGAGUAUAAACGAGCAACGAAAAAGGUAGAUAUCAUGUCUGAAAAAUGCCACCAUGGAAGGACCUAACGGUAUCCUAUUUAGGCUCGUAUACUGUACCCAAAUAUGGGAUUCCCAGAUUAGCGCUCUCCUGCACAUACCUCACUUUAUUGCAUUCUCAGAGCUGAGCCUCCCACUGCCCCAAUCCGACACUCUCUGGAAUGCCCCGACUGCAGAGGCUUGGUUUUCUCUGGCAAACCAGGAGCUCAGAUACAACUCCGCAAGCCUCAACCUCAGGUUCGAUCAAUCCUUCUGCACAUUUGCCGGUCGCUUUAUGCACGACUGUAGUCGAGGUGUCCUCUCCCACAACUGGAUUUCCUCCUCCCAGCUUCUUAAAGGAGCCCUUCUGGCCGUCGUGCACUCACUCGUAUUUGAGCAACGCCAAAUGCAAGAUUUAUACGAGUUUCGGGAAAGCGAUGUCUCCCCCGUUCUAACCUCUCCGAGAGCCACAGUGAAGGCCAUAUUCCCUAGUGUUGAAGCGAGAAAGUUAGAGCUGCAGAGAAUCCUUCAAAAUUGCGAUGGGGUCUUGCACGCUGAACUCGGACCUAUAUCCGAGCAUAGAGAUAACAAUAUCAGCGCUAUAUUUGUUCAUUAUAAUGCGCUCGCGCUUUUCUGUUCAUUACAGGGUAUCCUGAGGCUGGCCGGGCGGGAGGAUGCGAGUUCGGCCAAGACAGCAUUACCGAUGCUCCAACGGUGGGCGGACCAGGAGGAUGCUCGACUUGCUGUUUGGCAUUGCGGGCAAAUUUUUACGCUUGCCAGAAAGUGUAUUGCCGAGAAAAGAGGUAUGCUCCCGGAAAUUUUCACGGGUGUUGGCAGCGUUCCCUGACCUUUCCCACAGUAGUAAAUUAUCUCCCCUUGGUCCUUUUCCAUACUGGUCUAGUUCUAUGGACAUACGGUAUCCUACAGGCCGUGAUGCGCAUUCAUCGUCAGAACUCUGGAUCCUCGACUCCCGCUCCCGCUCCCGCCCAGCUACUCGAUGUGCUCGUUCACGUAGACCAACCAUGGAGCGAUGCGAUGGCAAACUUCCUCCAGGGUAAACAGGGAAUACCCGUGCUCACUAUUGCGGGCGGAUUUAUAUCCCUCGAGAAGCCAAAGGAGGUCAUGGCCCUCUGCAGGGAUAUAAUCAAAGACGCGGAUGCAGGGGGGAGUCUGGCAGGGGAUUUGAUGAGGCUCGUGAGUGCGCUGGGAGCCUCGGGGUGGAAUCUGAUAGAGAACCUAGGGGCGUCCCCAGGCGCGUUUUGAAGCGAGGGCGCAGAGGUUCCGUUGCGCUGUAUAUGUAACUAAUGUUGUAAUUUCAUGAUGAGUAUAUAAAAGAAUAAUCGACGAUUAAAUUUUUAU